AGAGGCAGCGCUGCCUCCCCAAAUGCUCCUCUUCCCCGGCGCUGUGUCCCUGGCUCUCUGCCUUCCCCUCUGCCUCCCUCCCUCCCUCCCUCCUUUCUUCGCCCUCCUCCUCUUCCUCCUCCCUCCAUCCCUCCGAGCCUUAGGGCUCCUCUCUGCCUCCUGAACUCCGAGGCCAAGGGCAAGGCCAGGGCAGGGCGACCCUUCCUCCUCCCUGGCAGCCUUGGCACGGGCAGCACACCUUGGAGGGCACCUCCGCCUCCUCCUGGCAGAAGCCGGCGGGUGAGGGGAGCGACCCUCUGCGACAGCCCCGGGUAUAAGGAAAUGCUAGAUCUAGUGACAUCACCCAGCUUGACUGUAAAUAGAGAAUACCCUGAUAUUCUGAAGCUUAACCUUUCUAACACUUAUGCCACUGUUCCAGAUGACAUAGAAGGCAACAGCAACGCUGCACCUCAGUGUUCUCUCCAUCUCUGUUCUUCAAAACAUUACCCGCAUAUAGUAACUGUCCCAUCCUUUCCAACAAUGGCCACAUACGGGCAGACUCAGUACAGUUCGGGAAUCCAACAAACACCUGGUUAUACAGCAUAUCCACCACCUGGACAACCUUAUGGAAUACCUUCUUACAGCAUCAAAACAGAAGACAGCCUGAGCCAUUCUCCGGGACAGAGUGGGUUCCUUAGCUAUGGAUCAAGCUUCAGCACCGCAACGUCAGGACAGGCACCCUACACCUAUCAAAUGCACGGUACCUCAGGGAUUUACCAGGGACCCAAUGGCCUGACAGGUUCUGCAGGUUUCAGCACAGUGCACCAGGAGUAUUCUUCAUAUCCCAGCUUCACCCAAAGUCAGUAUUCACAGUAUUACAGCUCUUCAUACAAUUCUUCAUAUAUGUCUGCAAACAGCAUCAGCCCAUCAGCCAUUCCAGCGUCAGCAUACUCUCUCCAAGAAUCAUCACACAACAUCAACAGUCAAAGCACUGAAUCACUUUCUGGAGAAUAUACAACACCUGUAAAAGACACAGAAACAGACAGACAACACAGAGGAACUGAUGGAAAAUUACGGGGGCGAUCAAAAAGAAGUAAUGACCCUUCUCCAGCGGCUGAUACUGAAAUUGAGCGUGUGUUUGUGUGGGACUUGGAUGAGACAAUAAUUAUUUUCCACUCCUUACUCACGGGAACUUUUGCAUCCAGAUACGGAAAGGACACUACUACGUCUGUCCGGAUAGGUCUUAUGAUGGAAGAAAUGAUCUUCAACCUUGCAGAUACACAUCUGUUCUUUAAUGACUUGGAGGACUGUGACCAGAUACAUAUAGAUGAUGUAUCAUCAGAUGACAAUGGGCAAGAUUUAAGCACAUAUAAUUUCUCAGCAGAUGGCUUUCACAGCUCAACCGCUGGAGCAAAUCUUUGUCUGGGCUCUGGAGUUCACGGGGGAGUUGACUGGAUGAGGAAAUUAGCAUUCCGCUACCGGAGGGUGAAAGAACUCUACAACACCUACAAAAACAAUGUCGGAGGUUUAAUAGGCACUCCUAAGAGGGAAACUUGGCUGCAGUUAAGAGCAGAACUGGAAGCACUGACUGAUCUCUGGCUAACACAUGCUUUGAAAGCUCUGGAUUUGAUACAUUCCCGGCCUAACUGCGUAAAUGUUUUGGUAACUACAACCCAACUCAUACCAGCACUUGCAAAAGUGCUGUUAUAUGGUCUAGGCACAGUCUUUCCUAUCGAAAAUAUUUAUAGUGCAACAAAGACAGGAAAGGAGAGCUGCUUUGAGAGGAUAAUGCAGAGGUUUGGACGUAAAGCUGUGUACAUUGUAAUAGGAGAUGGUGCUGAAGAGGAACAAGGGGCAAAAAAGCACAACAUGCCUUUCUGGAGGAUCUCCUGUCAUGCUGACCUCGAAGCUCUGCGUCACGCACUAGAGCUGGAAUACUUGUAGCAGGCUCAGACAAUCUUCUGCUGUGGGCUUCCGAUAACUCUUCAAGACACCAUCUCUUUUAUUGGCAUUUUAUGCAGUCCUUUUCCUGAGGUGGAGCAAUUUUCUAGGAAAACCUUUAAAAGAAUCUGCAUCGGGAACACAGCAUACCAAGCUCCUUUCUAUCUGAGUGGAGGAGAAAUCUUUAAAUGGCCUAAUAACUGGAUGGUCAGAACUGAUGUGGGACUUUUUCCAUGUAAAUUACUUCCAGGCAUGCAGAAGACCAGUCACGGUUUUAUUCAUUAGGAUUAUGUGUUUUCCUUGCUUUAAUAAAUGGGAAUUGGGUGGGAAGACAUGACAUGGAGCUUCUAGGCAUAUAUGUUGGACAGUUUUAUCAAUUCAGAUGAGUUUCUGAGGGAAAGUGGGGGUACAGGGAGAUUGAAAUAGAUGAUUUUUUUUUGUAUUUUUUUAAUUUAUGAACUAAUCCUAUUACUCUGAUAUUAAGCUCAUACCUGUGUUUGUAUCUGCUGGGUUGGAUGGAUUCAGCCCAUUCUAAUUUAAUAGCUCUUUUCUCCAAGUAAAAUCUGGGGAACAAUCAUUAUCAUGUCCAUUUGAAAUGAGCACAUUUGGGACUGUUGAUGUAAGAACUAUAACUACUUUUGAAAAACUAUGGCAUGUGAGCUUCACAUGUAUCACCAUAGGCUGUCAUCUUGUUUUCUCAUGGUUGGGAAGAGGAAUUACCCUGUGAUGAGUGAAUGGCAAUAAAACUAUGUUUACAAUUUUA